CCAGGAGCCGCAGGUAAACGAUCGACUCAAUGACGAGGACGGGGACAAGGACGAGGCCGAGUUUUAGUUUAAUCCACCAUUUUUACGGUUGGAUUAGCGCACGGAUUAGCGGAUAAGUUCGCGGUUUUUUACUGAUUACUGGAUCGAUCCCUCUUUUUAUUUGCAAUCUCCGGCUGAAUGGAGAGCUGUAAAAAGUGAAUGAAUGAAAUUUGGUCGAGGUGGAUGUAGGAAUCUGGUGAAAGGCAGAAUGAAUUUCAAUGAUGACUGCUUUACAAAUGUAUGGUGCUCCCGAUAAAUACAUGUGAUUUAUUCUGGGACAUUUUCUACCAAUUAUGAAAAGAAUAUAGAUGUAUGUGUAUCUCAUAAGAUGGGUUAUUUCAUCUUGAAACUUGGCAAUAUUAAAGGUAAGUCCUCAUGCAUUUGGGAGUGAUUCCGAUCUUAGCCCUAGACAAACAUCGUUUAAAACAAGCAAAGUUAAUAUAUAUAGUAGACAUAGCCAAGAAAAGAACUGUCUCAAGAACUCUCGCAAUGCUAGUAAAAUUCAAUUCAAAUCUGUUACAAUUGGCCCUAUCUGAACCUCCUGAAAAUCGAAAAGUAAGUAUCGUGCCGACUCCUUUCCCAUAAAUGAUAAAGCCAACUCUGCGCCGUAAGCCACUUCCGUUGGCCAUCGAGGCGGCGACCGUUAGGACAAACAGUUAAACAGCUAAACAGUUAAGCAAAGUUAAACAAGUUGUUGAGGAUCCCACGCCGCAGCGGAAGCCAAAAGGAUAAAGGAUAAUGCAUCGGGGAUGUUUAGGGAGGAGGACAAACACGAAACAGUCAACAUCACGGACACUUGUCGCAAUGAUCCUCGAUGCUCGAUCCUCAGUUCUCGGUCCCCGAGUUGGCGGCGUCAUGAAUCAAAUGGCCAGACUGGCGAGUGUCCUUGCCAGGAUUCCGGGAACCCAAUUCUCCAUUAGCGAAGUGCGGAAAGGAUGCGAAUUACGCCAGCGGAAAAGAGCUGAGAAACUGCAGAAACAGAAACCCGGCCUAAUUUCCAUAAUUUGUCACGCACAAUCCACCGAAUUCGCCAUCGCCAUCGCCAGAUACACAGAUCCUGGAUGGGCUGGUCAGCAAAAGGAUUUCGGGACAAAAGCGCAAAACAAACGGAUUUAGCAUUCGCAACCCUUGAACAUUGUGCAUCCAUCAUCAACAAACCGGGUGCCGUCUCUUUUUCUUCUCAGCCAGAUGCCUCUCUUUCUGGCCAGAAAACUAUGAUUUCGGGCCUAAUUAAUACACCAGGCUUUAAUAUUCAAGGAACUUCGGAUUAGUGUUAAAUUACGCUAAAUGGCGAAGUAACAAUGACACAAAGACCUACGAUUUUUGCGAAAAAUGCGAAAACCAAAGGAGGAAAGGGCAGCCGCACCCUCGUAAAACCCUUUGAAAGGCGGCGAGACAGAGAGGGCAACAGCGGGGGAGCGGGACAGCGAUAGAAUCACCCCUUUGCCCUUUGUACCGCCUACCUGCUUCGUACCGCUUCGGCUGGCCGCUCGUGUCCGCCAUUUCCAUGGUGAAUGAAGCGUCGGCGCAGCCUCCGGACUUCGGGUAUAAAUUCAGGGGGUUCCGGCAAGAGGAAAUCAGUUUGCGUUCGACAUCGUCAGCGUGAAGAUAUAGAAACAGCAGAGCUAGAUCAUCAGUCUAUAUAGCCGUCACUCAGUUGGAUUACAACCCGAAAACCAUACACCUCAAACACCAUGCUAAUGCACGAGAAACUCAUGUCCGGGCAGUUCUUCGAUCUCAAGACCGAUCGCAAGCCCUUGAUGCACCACCACCAGUACCAGCACCACCAGACGCACCACCAGCAGCAAUCCCUCCACCACUUGCCGCACAGCCAAUUGCCGGUUCAGGGAUCCUUGGGCCUGCCCAAAAUGGAUCUGUAUGCCGCCUAUGCCUACCAGCAACAGUUGCUGGGCGCUGCCCUCAGCCAGCAGCAACAGCAGCAACAGCAGCAGCAACAGCAACAUCAGCAUCAGCAACAUCAGCAGCAGGCUUCCUCUGCGGAGGUCCUGGAUCUCUCCCGCCGUUGCGACAGUGUGGAAACACCCAGGAAGACGCCUUCGCCCUACCAGACCAGCUACAGCUAUGGCAGUGGUUCCCCCUCGGCCUCGCCCACCAGCAAUCUUCUAUAUGCCGCCCAGAUGCAGCAGCAACAGCAGCAGCAACAGCAGCAGCAACAACAGCAGCAGCAGCAACAAUUGGCCUCCCUGUAUCCCGCUUUCUACUACAGCAACAUCAAGCAGGAGCAAGUCACUCCCACUGCUGCACCGCCCAAGGUCACGCCCACCGCCAGUCUGCUGCAGACUUUUGCUGCCGCCUCUGCUGCAGCCGCCGCAGCAGCUGCUGCUUCUUCGACCAACUCACCAAGGCCCGCCAGCAACGCCAGCACCAUGCAGAUAGACGUCCUGGAGAAUCCCCAGUCGCCGGCCGUUGAGGCCACCACGCCCACCACCUCCAGCAGCGGGGAGGCCAGCAAGAACACCCGCCCCUUCAAGGCCUUUCCCCGCGAUCCCUUGGUCAUCGCAGCCAAUUUCGCAGCCACCGAUGUUCUGCUGGACAAUCCGCGAGUGGAGCGCUAUACAGAGUACCGCAAGAGGGUGCUCGAGCAGAUCCGCAGCUCGAAUGGAGGAUCCCGCACCGUGACCAACCCCAAGAUGCGCAGGACCAACUCGCGAAGUGGAUCCGUUAACGAAGGCAGCUCCUCGAACAACAACAGCGAAAGCGAGGAUCGUGCUGCGGCGGAGGAGUCCAGCGACUGCGAUUCCCAGGCGGGCAACUUCGAGGGCAAGUCAUCCACCGGCAACUCCAUCAGUUCGGCCAACACCACUGGGGUAAAUGCUGGAAUCAAUUCGGGCAGCCAGGUGAAGGAUGCCGCCUACUACGAGAGACGCCGCAAGAACAAUGCCGCCGCCAAGAAGUCCCGCGAUCGUCGCCGCAUCAAGGAGGAUGAGAUCGCCAUCAGGGCUGCCUAUCUGGAGCGCCAGAACAUCGAGCUGUUGUGCCAAAUCGAUGCCCUGAAGGCCCAACUGGCCGCAUUCACCUCCGCCAAAGCAACCACCGCCUAAGUGUCCAUUCCUCUCUUGAUGCGUUGAACGCGAAGAUCCGAGUUCGAAUCCGAAUCCUACAUCCUGCUUUUUGGGUCAGCUUAUCUGUGAAUAGUUUAGGGGGCUCAACUUUCUUUUUUUUGACACACUCGCAUUUAAGUACUUUAAGUCCUUGGAGUAUACGUUAUAUUUGUAAAAUGUAUUAGCAAUAAGUGCAUCUCGCAAUCUCACCAGUUAACUAAUCAAGCGAAUCACCUUUAGUUGUACAAGUCCCAGCUAGCCAUUAAUGUAUUUUCUUGUAAGUGAAUUUUUUUCAUAACCCUAAGAAAUAAAAUU